AUGUCAGAUAAUCCUUCCUUCGUCCUCCAAUCAGUCGGGAACGUCUCAAUCGAACACCGCCCCAUUCCCGAUCUUUCCUCCGACAAUGAUGUGAUCGUAGAGGUCAAAAAAACAGGCAUUUGUGGCUCAGACGUUCACUAUUUGGUUCACGGAAGGAUAGGAGAUUUCGUCCUCAAGAAUCCUAUGGUCCUUGGGCAUGAGUCGUCGGGCGUGAUAUCGAAAGCUGGAAGCAAGGUCAAGCAUGUUAAACCAGGAGAUAGAGUUGCCAUUGAACCUGGUGCCACCUGUGGCUCAUGCACUCACUGCAAGAGUGGCCGAUACAAUCUUUGCCCGGAUAUUGUUUUCGCCGCCACACCGCCGUACGACGGAACUCUCGCACGCUAUUACCGUGUGCAUGGAAGUUUAGUGUAUCCGCUGCCUGACCACCUUUCACUGGAAGACGGUGCUAUGAUGGAACCCCUCUCCGUAGGAGUCCACUCUGUUUCCCAUCUUGGAUCUUUCCGCACGAACCAAUCUAUCGCUGUUUUCGGUUGCGGCCCAGUCGGUUUACUCUGCAUGGCUGUUGCCAGAGCCCUUGGAGCAUCACGUAUCAUAGCCGUCGACAUCGUUCCUUCCAGACUUGAGUUUGCCAAAAAAUAUGCAGGUGCAGAAACCUACCAGCCGAUUCCGCCCUCCGAGAACGAACCUAGAAUCCAAUACAGUCGGCGUAAUGCGGAAAACAUGAAGAAAGUUCUUGGAAUCGAGGAUAGAGGAUCUACGGCUAUUGACCUGGUCGUUGACGCUAGUGGUGCUGAGGUUUCUAUUCAAACAGCGCUGUACCUCGUGAAAGUCGGAGGUACGGUGGUUCAAGUCGGAAUGGGUAACCCCAAUGUAACCAUCGAUCUCGGUAUGAUUAUGGUCAAAGAACUUGUUUUCAAGGGCUCGUUUCGUUAUGGGCCCGGUGCCUAUGCUCUCGCUAUCGCCCUGGUCUCCCAAGGCAAGAUCGAUCUCAAACCUCUUGUUACACAUAGGUACCCAUUCACCGAUGCUCUCGUCGCGUUCAACACCACUCGCGCUGGUAAAAGCGAGGAUGGAAAAGGCGUAAUUAAGGCUAUCAUCUCUGGACCGGACGUAUCCGUGGAAGCCAGUUGA